AUGACGCUGUUCCGGAUUUUCUGGAGAAAUUCCUACCACCCUUGCCUGAUGUGUCCACCACGGAAGGGGAAAAAUUCGUUUUGCAAAAAAGGUUACCCCAACAACAACAAGCAACAGCAUCAUAUUGCAUCUAUUUCAUCCUCGACAGCCUUGCGAACCGCUUUGGAAAGUCGUGUUGUGGACCUUCACAGAUAUUUCUUGCAGGAAUGGUCUGCCCUCAAUGAAGUUUUUGAGGAGGUUUCCGACAUGGUGUCAAGAGUACACCAAGAAAGUGAAGUGCUUGAGAACACCCUCAAUUCACACGCCGCACUAACGAAGGAUUUUGUGGCGCUUAUGACGACUCUUCAGGUGGAAUUAUCGUUAGUGCAACAGCGCGAGAAGGAGAUGCAGGAAUUUCAGAAGAAGUACCACUUUUCUGCGGAGGAGCAGAAGAUUCUCGAGGAGAGCCCAGUGGACGCCACCUACCUUGAUGUCCUGCAAAGGGCACAGACGACACACCGAAAGUGCCGCGAAUUACUGCUUUCACGUGAGUACUAUCAAAGCGCUGGUUCUAUGAUGGACAUUACGUAUUCGGCUAUUAUGAAGGGGACGGAAAAAGUUGCACGCUAUUUGGUGUCUACGUCUGCAGUAAUGCCAGGUGCUGCCGGCUUUGGUAGUGAUUCGCCUGAAAUGACAAGUUUCUGUCUGCGAUGCGUGACAUUUUUGCGAGAUGAAAAUCUCAGCCAGUGGGCAGCAGUGGUGGAGGAGGUGGCACGGCUGCGGCGAGCGGCGGUACUGCGACAGUACUUUCAUCUCAUGACAACUGGAUCUGCAACAACUUCAGCGGGUACAUACCGUGCAGGGGGCAAAAGCAACGAAACGUCUAAUAACAGUGGGGGGACGCGCCCGUUAGAGGCAGAAAUUGGCAACCCGAUCUUCUUCUUCAGCUCGCUCUUUGCCUGGCUUCAUCAGGUGAUUGUAGAUGAAGAGGAUUUUAUGGGUGCCUUUUUCCCACCUGCACCGCCCCAAGGAACUUCUACAACAGCGCCUAAAAGUGGAAAUUCUGCCCUUACCGCCACCUCUGGUGGUCCUGUUCAUGCUGAGAAGGAUACGUCUGAGACCCACCCGAAUAAAGACGAUAAUUUGGCUCAAGAAGAGGUGUUGGGUCACGCCGAAAACUUUGGACUACCAGUAAAUAAGCUCUCUGUGCUGGGUUCCAUUUUUGAAGUGCUCUGCAAGCACAUUCAAAGUGUACUUGACGGUGUAUUAGAACGUUUUCUCCGCCAUGCAUCAAGUCUUCAGGAUGGGGAUACUCCUAAUGUUGGCGGUGUCAGCACUGGAAGAGGGGUUGGCGGUGGCGGAGUGUUGUCAAGCCCCGCCGGUCCGAUUGGCCUCACCGGUGGCAUUACGCGGCUAUUGUCGGCGGCAACUGGACGUGUGUCUUCUUUGACGCCCAACUCUGCUGGAGGUGCACAACGCUAUCAACAUGUGCUGAACCGUUCGCAACAGGAGGCACUUGUGGCGGCGACGCUCAUGGGGCUAACGAACGGCCUUCGCACGGCCCACGCUCUGCUGCAGCUUUUUACCUAUUAUGGACAUAGCACGUUUAUUGCACUUCUUGGGCGGGAGGCGGCGCUUACGCGUCUCGUAGUGGAUGAUGCGAAGCUUCAACUUCUUCGUGUGUAUCACACCCUUGCUAAACAAAUAUUGGAACAUGCGCUGGACAGUGUGGCCAGUGUUGUCAGCCGCUGUACUGUUUUGCGUCGAUUGGCCUCUGCAGAGGCGACGACGUCGACGGAGGAGGAGAAGAAAGAUGGCGACGCAUCCGCGUGCUUUGUCACUAAUUUUCUUUUUGAGUAUGCCUCUGGAGAGGACCUGGACGUAGAUGUUGUCGCUCCUCACGAUGAUUACUCAAAAUCGCAACUGUUUCAGGAUCAGCAGCGGCAACAUUCCUCGAUAGCGGGGACGAGUAUAACCUCUACGGGAAGUCGGAGUCUUACAAGCAACCCAUAUCACCUCAGCGGGCUGUCGAAACGACAAGCACAAGCCGCAGAUCUCCUGCGGGUGUUGUACUCCAUGGUUUUGCCGACUCCUCCAGAGGUGGAGAGUUGCUUGCGGGUGCUGCAGUCCACGAUGGUUGAGGCGGAAAAACAUGUAGAGAUCAUGGAAUCUGUGCAAACAAUGCUCUCCAAAAGCUCCACACAUGUUGAUUCCACCUCAGCGGACUUUUCCGUUCGCCAUGAACAGUUUUUUACUGUGCUUGUGCAACACAUUUUGUCGUUUUCUCUUGUUCUUGCACGUCAACCCACCGUAAAAAACGCGCUGGACGAACCCUGCAGACUGGCAUUACAGCUCAAUACCAUUUCUUCGCUCCAAGAAACGCUUGCACCACACCCAGGCCUUCUUGCCCUCGCAAAUGCUUCUGCAGGCCACACAACACCUAUUUUAAAUGUCGUUCCAGAACGUGUCCAGCAAAUCACGAAGCAACUUACAGCUGUGCUUUCUCAGUGCGCCUUACGACACUACUUUUGCCGACGGCCACAGAACAGUUUGACGCCGGUGGUAGCGGGUGGAGACGAUUUGGCCAGUAGCUGCAGUAUUACUAGUGUGGCUGCGAGAGAAGCCUUUGACGUAAACUGCGAAAAGAUGGAUGUGUCGACUAUUUGCGCUCAACUCAACGCGUUUUAUAGUAUUGUGGCAGCGUCGGGUCGAGUGUACAUUCCUAUUGUUGCAGCAGUGCGAUCACCUCGAAUACGGGAGCAAGUUUCACAGGGCGUCUUGCGAACACUAUGUGAUGUGUAUGAAUUGCGCUACAAAAGGCUUCUAGAGCUUCAAAAACAGCCAUCCUCAGAGGGUUCAGAAGUGACGGGAGCCACUUUGCCUAUGCCUGUGACUGACCUUGACCCGAAAAAACUGCGCAUUUUGCUGGAAGUGGCACCAUCUUCAUCAGUUUCUUUUUAA